AUGGACACCAUGGCGUGGGUGACGGUGGUGUGGGUUGCAAUCGCGACUAAUUUGGUGCCAGACUCUCAGGGUACCUCAGAUAUCAUGAAGGAUGUGACCCUUGGCUUCGGCGAGGCACUGCAGCAUUGCAGGGAAGAAAGCCAGUUGAGCGAGGACAAGAUGGAGGAGUUCUUCCACUUCUGGCGCGAGGACUUCAGAUUCGAGGAGCGCGAGGUUGGCUGCGCCAUCCACUGCAUGAGCCGCUACUUCAACCUGCUCACCGACUCGCACCGCAUGCACCACGAGAACACAGACAGGUUCAUCAAGUCCUUCCCCAAUGGCGAACUCCUCUCCAAACAGAUGGUGGAAAUGAUCCACGAGUGUGAGAAGCAACACGACACAGAAGCGGACAACUGCUGGCGGAUUUUGCGCGUCGCCGAGUGCUUCAAGCUGAGCUGCCAGCGGCGGAACAUCGCGCCCACCAUGGAGCAGCUCAUGGCGGAGAUCAUCAUGGAGGCGGCCCCU